CUAAGAAAAGAUAAGCGGAGAACAGAGAAUGACAGAAAGCGUACAGCAAGAAAGCGUACAGCAAGAAAGCAACAGGAAUACAAUGACAUUGACUGGCAAGAUCUUUAUCACAAAAACCAAUUGUUAACCCUAAGAGUAGGUGAACUUGAACUGUAUAUUAAUCAUCACAAUAUUCUAUUUAAAGGGAAGAAAGAUGAGAAAGUGAGGGUUGUGAAGGCUCAUAUUGGCAGUAAGAUUUUGACUUCAAUUGUGCGGGAAAAACAGACAAACAUUCCGCUAGCCUCUGACUCAAAUCUAGAAUCUCCUGACAGUGACAGUGACAGCAACAGGGUAGAGGGCAUUGUUGGAUCUUCUAGUAACUCUUCAGAGCUUAAUGACUCAGGAGAUCAGGCAGCGGAUAGACAACAGCUGGAACAAGAAACCAUACCCGAGUCAAGCACGUCACGAUACGGACGGAAAAGGACACGAGUACUCCGAGAAAAUUAUGUGCCAUGGAAUAAUAUACAUGUAGACACCCAGUAA